AUGCUCUGCUCGUCAUUUUCCAUCUCGCGGCUCGCGAUCCCGUCUGUUUGUACGUUGAUCGCGUUUCUGGCGUACACGUCGCAGUAUUUCUUCCUAUAUUUCGAGGAAGCGCCGCUCACGAAGGAUGAAGUAUGGAGAAUAAAUAUUCUUGCUACCUGCAUCUGGAUAUGCUACUACCGGUCCUGCACGGUAGACCCGGGACAUGUCCCUAAAGGAUGGGCGCCGCCAGAUCGUAAGCAACUCGAGGUGGAUCAAGCUAGCGGUCGUCAGCGAUGGUGUCGGAGGUGUGAGGCGUUCAAGCCGCCAAGAGCACAUCAUUGCAAGACGUGUGGGAGAUGUGUCCCAAAGAUGGACCAUCACUGUCCGUGGACCUCUAACUGUGUCUCCCACUUCACCUUUCCGCAUUUUGUUCGGUUUUUGUUUUACGCAGUGGCUGGGAUAGCAUAUCUCGAGAGUUGUCUUUUCCAGCGCGUUUCAAAAGUCUGGGCUUCUAGGAAUCUUCCCAGUUAUCUGGGGCCUAGUAUUGUACAGUUGGGCCAUCUGUUCGUUUUGUUUGUUGUAAACAGUUUGACACUAUUUGCCCUCUUUGUGCUUCUUGUCAGGACUCUCUGGUCGCUGGGGUCAAAUACGACCACGAUUGAAUCGUGGGAGAUUGAACGACACGAAACCCUGCUCCGACGAGCUCGGCAUUUUGGAGGCUUUCUACCCGGUCCAGGGGGGAUCAAUGUACGAAUAUCGAGACAGGAGUUCCCAUACGACAUAGGGAUUUGGUCUAACAUUAAAGCCGGAAUGGGUGGGAGUUUUAAUGUGAUCAGUUGGUUCUGGCCAUUGGCGAGGACACCUGACCGGAGUACUGGGUUGGAGUUUGAAGAAAAUGGAUUCGAAGACUCGACUGUCUCAUGGCCACCGCCAGAUCCCGAUCGCAUCCCUCUUCCGCCCAGGGCCCAGCAGAAUGGAUUCGCGUAUGGCGCCGCUGCAAAUAUGGGUCAUAUUGACAUCGAGGCGUUUAACCAGCGAAAUACGGCCGAUCUAAGACGCCGAAAAGCCCAUGCCGAAGUUGAGCGCCGCAAGCCGUUCCAUGCAAGGUUCGACGAAUCUGCGAGUGACUCCUCAGAGAACGACGGGGGUGUCCCCGAUCAUGGCUCCGAUAACGGCGAAGAAUCCUGGAGGAAUUCUGAGGGUGAACGCCUUCGCGACUUCGGUGUUGAUGAAGAAGCAGAAUUUUACGACGAGGAGGAUAUUCCUUUGGCCAUGUUGAUGCAACAGCGAGCAGAGCGACAACACCAUUCGCAUUGA